GCGGCGGCGUGGGAAAGCGCCUCAGAAGCGGCGCGGGCUGCGGGCUUCUCGGGGGCCACGGCGCUCGCCUCCCGUCCGAAGCAGGGGCUGUGCCGCGUGUCCUGCCGCCGCCAUGAAGCGGCCGUGCGAGGAAACUACCUCCGAGAGUGACAUGGACGAGACCAUAGACGUGGGGAGCGAGAGUAACUACUUGGGGCAAAGUAACGGUUCUGUGAUUCGAUCAAAUUCCCCAACAACAUCAUCUCAGAUAAUGGCCAGAAAGAAAAGAAGAGGGAUUAUAGAGAAAAGGCGCCGUGAUCGUAUAAAUAACAGUUUAUCUGAGUUGAGGCGGCUUGUGCCAACUGCUUUUGAAAAACAAGGAUCUGCAAAAUUAGAAAAAGCUGAAAUACUGCAAAUGACAGUGGAUCAUUUGAAGAUGCUCCAGGCAACAGGAGGUAAAGGCUAUUUUGAUGCUCAUGCACUGGCCAUGGAUUUCAUGAGCAUUGGAUUUAGAGAAUGCUUAACUGAAGUUGCAAGAUAUCUUAGCUCAGUGGAAGGUCUGGACACAUCUGAUCCACUAAGAGUUAGACUUGUGUCUCAUCUCAGCUCUUGCGCAUCCCAAAGAGAAGCUGCUGCAAUGACCUCCAUGGCUCACCACCAUCAUCCUUUGCAUCCUCACCACUGGACAACAGCAUUUCACCAUCUCCCUGCCACUUUACUGCAGCAGAAUGGACUUCAUUCCUCUGACACUACUCCUUGUAGACUUUCAACGGCAUCAGAAAUGCCCCCACAUGGCUCUGCUCUUCUCACAGCUACCUUUGCCCACGCUGACUCUGCACUCAGAGUGCCCUCUGCCGGCAGUGUUGCUCCCUGCGUCCCACCUCUCUCUACCUCUCUUCUCUCACUCUCUGCCACUGUACACGCUGCUGCUGCAGCUGCCCAGAGCUUCCCUCUGUCUUUUGCUGGAGCAUUCCCAAUGCUUCCACCUAGUGCAGCAGCGGCAGUGGCAGCUGCAACAGCAAUCAGCCCACCAUUAUCUGUAUCGGCUGCUUCCAGUCCUCAGCAAACUAGCAGUGGUGGAAAUAGUAAACCUUACCGUCCUUGGGGGACUGAAGUUGGAGCUUUUUAAGCCUCCCCUCCACUCUCACACACAAGCCUUCUUUGGACUUCAUGCAGUAGUAACUCCAUGUCCUUCCUGAUCAGUCAAAUUGAAGGUCGGUAUCCACGCAAAUAGCCAUAUAGAUGCCUGCAAGCCAAUCAAGGAACAGUAAAGCUAUUCUAGUGCCAGACUUCAGAGAGGACUUAUAGCAAUAUUGGGUAUCUUUUUCUUUGUUUUGCUUAAGGCACCUUGGUGAGCAACAGUGGCUUUCAAAAACAUCAUCCCCCAUAUGACCAUUUAAAAGUGUAUUGAGAAAUAUGUAAACUCCAGAAAAAAUAAUCCUCCGGCCAUUCUUUACUAUUUGGCAGAUAAACUGGGAUAAAUUUCUCCUGCGGCUGGACAAAAAGUUUGUUUCAUAAGUGCCUGACACAUGUAUACAUUCUUCUAAAGCAAAUAACACUGCACAAGUAUGAAAAAAGAGAUUGACGGGGCAGCAGGAUGGGGAGGAUCCUGCAUUAAACCACAGACGUUUUGAUAUAUUUCCAGGAAACAGUGAACUCUAAAUCAACAGGUUUAUUUAGCCAACAGGGUUGCUAAGAAAGAAUGUUCAACUUGACAGGCCUAGUUUUAUCUUACCUAGCUGACUUUCUUUGUACAGACUUGCCAAAUGGUGACAUCUAGCAUAGCACUGGUAAAAGCAAUUAUCUUAUCUAUCAGUGCUUUGAUUGAUGAACAUUUCAGCACUGUCUGUGAGCCCAGAGGCACUUUGUUUAAAAUGGCUUAGACUAUGGUGCUUGCUCGUAUCUGUACAAGCAAUGAAUUUAUAGUGCAUGCAGAAGUAGUUCCCUUCUAAAAGAGUGAACAAAUCAAAACUGAGUCAUGCCAAUACAAAAGACUUAAUGUUGUAAAGAGUUUAGAUUAACUUAUUUAGUUGCAUAUGGACAUUUAUUUUUAGCAGCCUCCUGAUUCUCUCCUCUCUUCAAUAUCAACUUCUGGAGGUAGUGAUUUCUCUGGGUCUGAAUGGAAGUUUCUAUGGAGUUGUUUUAAAUUGGCUUUUUUCAUGCCAUCAUUGUAAAUGAGGGUUUGAUUCCAAACCAAAAUGAAUGUACAAAAGGGCAUAUCAGUAAAUUAUUUUUUCAGUACCCAGACAACUAGUGCUGCAUUAAAUAUUUUGCUUUCUUUUUAUUAGUGACUGAAAAUAAUCUAAUAUUUUAAUACAUUGAUUCAAAAACUAGAGAUUUUAUGACAAAAUAAAACACAGCAUGUAUUAUUAUGCACUUGAUUUCUCUGCUGUGUGGAGAAAGCAAUAAACAUGGAGAAUGUUAAACAUUAUGCAAAGUAUACUUUAAAAUAUUUGUUUUAAAAAUACUGUACCUAGUUGCUUUUUUGUGCAUUAUUUUGUUAACCUUUUUCUAUGCAAAAAUCUUUACAUAUCACUAAUUAAAUGAAGUCCUUUUUGACUGUUUUUAUAGAUGAUUUGUUGCAGUGGUUUUUGCUUGACUUUGGGAAUUGGAAAGCCUAAAUGGACUUGAAGUUCAGCAUCUACCUUUGAUAACUGGCAUCCAUAAGUUACUGUUUUGACCUUUUUGCUUGUUGUAAAAGCACAUCUGUUAAGUAGUGUGCUUGAAAUGGGGAUGAGGUAAAACCGUCUACCACUAAAACAGUGUUGUUUUCAGGCUUGUAAACUAGCUCUGCAUAGGUUGACAAUAAACCUUGCAAUACAAUUCCUGCACUCCAGCAACAACAAGAAACAGCUGUGGGUUGCAGAUGUCUUUUUCAUUAAAACUUUAAGGAUUUGGUACUAUCUGAAAUGAGUGGCCAGGUACUAAACCCAGGAGAUCUUCAAAAAUGUUAAUAGAGUGUGAUGGUUUUCAGUUCUUCUAGUCUUCCAUUUUGCAGAGCCUCAUGGAUUAGUAAAGUAGUUUGCCACACCUAGCAUUUUAUCUCCAAUCAGGAAGAUAAUAGAGCUUCUAUAGUAUACUUAACUUCAUGUGCACUAAAAGCACUUAAUGUUGGUUAAGCCUCAACAUCCCUGUAAAGCAGAGAAAGUAUUACGAUGCCCUCUUUUAUAGAUGGGUAAAUUGAGACCUGGGGACAUGACAUGGCUAAGACAGAGUCUGAGACCGUAUGAGAGUCUGAACUACCACCCCUGCACCUUGGUGCCCUGUGCCUGGCCCUUGGUCCAAGCAAUAAAAAAAUACUUCCAAUCAUAAAAAGAAUGAUCUUGCCUAUUUUGCAGGUUUUUGGAUAAUAGAAUAUUAAAGAAUGAACAAAGGGCAUGAGAGAGAUUUUGGAAGUCAGCUGUGUGAGGAAGAAGUCAGAUUUUUUUUUUUUCCUUUGGAAACAAAAGUGCUGCUCUAGGUAUGUUUGCCAAUGUUGAGUUCCAGUACUUUGAAUUUUUCUUCUAAAUUGUUUGAGUAAACUUAUGCCAACUUGCAAGGUGUUGGAAGGCUUCAUUUUACAGAAGAGAGCAAAUUGCAUCAUCUCACUUUUUGUCUUCAAUGCAGAAACUAUUAGCCUUGUCAGUCAAACCAUGUGGGGACAUGAAAUAUUCCUGAAGUCACACCAACAUUCUAAAAUGAGAGCAGCCAUGGGCUUCAUUUGCCCUUGGCUCUUAAUUUUGAUUUGUGCCCUCCAAAUCAUAGACAAAAGUAUAUACAUGAGUCAGAAAUGCUUCCUUUUCUGCAAUAAACUAUUUUAAAAUUGAGCCAUAGUUACCUAACUUCAGAAAUAAAACAGGUAUGGAUUUCUGGGCUUGCAUGAAGUGCCAAUGUCUUAGUGUUUAAAUGCUGUUUUUAUUGAAUCCAGGCAACGGAAAUAGUACAGGCAGCGGUGGUGCAAAAUUCUCAGUUAUGCCAUGACAACACCAUUGUGAAGGAUAAGUUAGGGAUGAGACUGUAGCUCAGUCUUCAUGCCCAUUUAGUCUCUGACCUCUCUGCUGAGAGUGCCAACAAGGGUGUCAUCUGUACUGAUGUGACAUGGACAUUUGCCCAGUGAGAACUUAACUGAAAUCAAUCAUUUUAUAUACACUGCUGAAUAGCUGGUGGAGAAUAAUAACUUCCCGUGUCUGCUGACUGUGGCUCUGUUCAUACGAAUCAGGUAAGGAUGGAAGAGUCUAUAUCUACUGCAUUAAAAAUAAUAAAAGAAAACUCUUUGGAUUUCAAAAUAUAGCAUGCAAAAAAUUAGGAAGUGUCAGAUUUAUGAUUACCUGAAUUGGUGUAACUUUUACUAGAAGUCUCUAACCUUUUCAACUUCACAUUUGUAAAAUGUGUACUUUGUUUCACCAGUUAUCUUUAAAAAUCUUAAAGAACAACAGUGUUCAUGUAUAUAUGUACCCUCACUGAGUCAAUCACAAGAAUCAUUGUAAAUUAAGUAGUAGCAGUUGGUUUUUGAAAGUAGGGGGCUUUAUCCAUCAAAAUAUGUAAUUAUUAUUUCCUGAUUUUAUAAGCUAAUAUAGCUUCCUGUCUCCUGAGACUGAGAGCUUGAAAGUCUCCCCCCUUCCUCCCUCCUAGUUCUAAACUGGAAUUAAAAAUCAAUCUUGAAUUCUUACACAGUCCAGUAAUCUGAAAACUUGUUUAGAUUGGGUCAAUUAAAAUUAAUAAUUUUGAAACAUUUCACUUCAGUCAUCUUAAAAUAUUUGAUUUAAGUUUUAACUCUUUAAAACUAUUAUAACAUCUUUGAAACAGUCAUUUUGAAUCAGAAUAAAAUGUUUCAUUUUGAAAAUGUCAAAAUGGGGCGCACUGAUAAUUCUGAAAUUUUUCCAAAACAUUUUCAUAUCAGAAAAUUUCUCAGAACUGACCCUUUCCUGCCAAUACUUUUGGUUUUGAUUAAUUGAGGUUUUCCAAAGAACAUCAUUUAAUCGGAACAUUUCCAAGCUGUUUGGCAAGCUAAACAGAUUUGUUUCUGCCUUUGGGAGGCAUCACCUGAGAAGUCUUUGUUGCUUCUGUGGUAUUAAUAAUACAUAGCAUGUUAACACUCUAAUUAUUCUACGUCUACACUGUAGCCUUCUUCC